AGGAUGUCUUUCCAUCGGGAACAAACACCUUGAAGAGUUCAAUCUAAAGCAUAUUUUGACCUUAUUGUGUGUUCCAUAGACCUUUCAAUGACUGACUAAUCGACAAAUGAUUGGCUCUUGACGCCAAGCUUACUGAGAUUGUCCCUUGUCAACCCUCUGAAGCAUUCCAUUCUUGACACUUCCGACAAGCGCUGAGCGUUACUGCGAAAAUAUCGAAUAAUAAAGUCUAAUGAUUUGGUGGGCAUUUGAUGAGCUUUGAGCGUCAUGGCUCGAAAUGACGUCGUUGAAGACGACAGCGAUGUCGCCGUUGAACCAUACCGUGAUCAAUCUCCCGGUGACGAUGCUGAAGAUCCGUCUGCUCAGUCAUCUGCAGCUCGCAUCCAUGUGCGCUCUCAGGCGAUGGAUGGCGAUGACUCGCUGACACCGACGCGAUCGCACGACGAAUUCCUCUUGCCAUCCCGGCGAUGGCGAUGGAUCCCUGUACCUGUCGAGCGAGUCGCCCGAGCUGUCGGAGACUGGGUGCGCGGUCCGCAUCCGCCGCAUAUCCAGAAGAUCAAUCCCUUUCUGCCUCGCCUUCAAGAAGCACCUGUAAAUAUCAUCAAUCGGUGCUUUCCCAAGCGCUCGCAGAAAACGUGGCUCUUGGUCGUGUUCUACCUCUGCUGGAUAAUCACGUUUAUUGCUAUUCUGCAUAAGUCUGCGUUUGCCGGCGAUGUUCGUGGAUACGGGACCCCUUCAUCCAUUUCCUGCACAGCAAGUUUUUGGUCCAACAACAAUGGCUGCGGCCUCAACGGAAACGACUGUAGACCAUUUGACAAUGCCACCUUUGCAUUCCGCUGCCCCGCAGGAUGUUCUCGAACAAUGGUGCUCAAUCCCCGCGCAGUCGGGGCGCAAGAAGUCAACUACCGUCCCUUUGUCAUUGGAGGCGGCCUGCCCAAUGACCACCGCGAUGUCAAUCCUGUUUACCGCGGAGACUCUUUCAUCUGUGGCUCCGCCAUCCACGCCGGAGUAAUUAGUAACAAGGCAGGUGGAUGUGCCGCACUCGGGCUCGUUGGUGAAAGGGAUGACUAUCCCGGUACCAAGAGCCAUGGCAUCUCGAGCAUUCCUUUUGACACUACAUUUCCCCUCUCCUACAGUUUCAUCCCUGACACAGCAUCUCAAUGCAAGGAUCUACGGUGGCCACUUCUUGCUGUAUCCGUAACCUUCACCACCAUACUUUCUCUAUGCACGUCCUCGCCUUCUGUCUUCUUCUCAUCUGUCUUUGUCGGCCUCUUCUUCCAUGUCGGACUGGGCUCCGACCCUCCGAGCCUGACAGACUAUUACUCCAUCGUCUCGGUCGUCCUAGGCCGCUUUCUUCCCGCGGCCUUUGUUGCCUUUGCGAUAUACCGGUACUGUGUGCGGCGUCAGCUUACUGGACUUACCGCUCAUGUGGAAAAGACCGUCCUCUGGCUUGGUGGAUGCUGGGUUGGGGCCCUGAACAAUUACACGUUCGACCACAUUCCUAUUCAGCGCCUCACGGGCCAUGACCUGAAUCAACAGCCUGGCGCCAAGGUCGCUCUCGUUAUUAUUGUCGUCGCCCUUCUCGUCAUUGCUCUUGGUCAAGUCUGGUUUCUCCGUCUCGAAGGCCGUUUGCCGCGAUAUUUGGUCAUAUACGUUAUUUUUGCUAUUACACUUGCAUUAUUUGUUGCGAUACCGGGUUUGAAUUUGCGAAUACAUCACUACAUUCUCGCUCUGCUUCUCUUGCCGGGGACCGCGAUGCAGACUCGCCCUGCGCUGCUGUAUCAAGGUAUAUUGGUGGGAUUAUUCAUCAAUGGCAUCGCGAGAUGGGGUUUUGAUAGUAUUCUGCAGACUCCCGCCGCACUGCUUGGCGAUGCCCAGCUCGGGUCCAAAUUGCCCAAUAUUACUGCUGUUGGUGCACCACUUGUUGGAUUAGACAAUAUCACAUUUACAUGGCCGACGCCGCCUUAUCCUUACGACGGCAUGAGCGUGCUGGUCAAUGAUGUCGAACGAUAUAGAGGAUAUAUUGCCGAAGGUCCGAAUACCUUUACAUGGGAAAAGGCCAAUGAUCAUUUGGAUAAUGGCAAUGGCGAUGACGACAGUGACAAUAGAACGGCAACAUCGAGACCGACGUAUUUUCGCUUUGGAUAUAUGCGGGGGAGUUCUUCAGCUGACUAUACAAAGGCGGGCACUUGGCAGCCCGAUGGAUCAUGGACAGAAAUGCACUCGGGACCGAGUCGAUAGACAUCUUGGGAUUGUUAUACAAGCAUGUGCUCUCAUACUUGGCCAUUUCUUAUCUCACAAGCUAUUAUAGACAGGUCGGGAAGGAAUGCGAAAAUCCAGUGAAAACGAUGCGAUUGGAGUUAUGGUAGCUAUUUUCUACUUUGUUCGAGUAUACUUAGAGCUAGCGGUGGAAAUAAGAUUUUGCAAUAGGAUUUUGAUAUACCUUGAUCACAGAUUUGACUUGAGGCAUCGCAUCAUCGAUUUGGCAACCUUGCAUCA